AUGGCAGCUCUUUUACCUGUAACCAUUCAAAAUGUCAAUUACCAGGAGGAUAAAGGCUUUCUCGAUAGUUUCUUUAGAGGGUACAAGGAAACCAUCCCUGGAGCCAUGGGAGACGAGGAGGUGAAUGUGAAAUAUGACAAUCUUUUGCAAAAUGUAGUGGAUAGAGAGCAAUCGGUUAUUGUCGUUGAAUUGGACGACUUGUUAAAGUUUGAAGAUGAUCUCAACGAAGUCAAUAACCGUGGUAUUGUCAAUCGCAUUGUUAGAAACACAAAGCACUAUGUCGACAUUACUUGUGAUGUGAUUGACUCUAUCUGUGCCAGCAAACAACCUACCAAUGCUGACCUGAGCUACAAGGACAGUGUACUCGAUGUGAUUAUUCGUCAGAGAAGCAACCGUGAUGCCAAUAGACCCAACGAUUCAGACGAGCGUUUCCCUCCUUCCUUGACACGUCGCUACGAGGUCUUUUUCAAACCAUUGAGCUCAUCCAGCGCUUUCGCAGUUCGUGAAAUCAAGGGCUCUUCUUUGGGCCAUCUUGUCACUGUGCGUGGUAUCAUCACCCGUGUCUCUGAUGUCAAACCCUUCCUCCAGGUCAACACCUACAGUUGUGAUUCUUGUGGCUAUGAAAUCUUCCAAGAGAUCAAGCAAAGACAGUUCACGCCUUUGACAGAGUGUCCCUCAGAAGCAUGUCAACAAAACAACGUCAAGGGUAAGCUCUACAUGCAAACCAGAGCAUCCAAGUUUUUGGCUUUCCAAGAGGUCAAAUUGCAGGAAUUGACAGAUCAAGUGCCUGUGGGUCAUAUCCCUCGUACAAUGACAAUGCACAUGUAUGGCGCUGCUUGUCGUCAACUCACGCCUGGCGAUGUCGCCAAUGUCAGCGGUAUCUUUUUGCCUAUGCCUUACACUGGCUUCAGAGCCCUUCGUGCUGGUCUCUUGACAGACACCUACUUGGACGUGCAAUACGUGCACCGUCUCAAGAAGCAAUACGACGAAAUUGAGAUGACCGCUGCUGAUGAACAGAUCAUUGAGCAGCUCAAGCAAGAUCCCAAUGUGUACAGCCGUUUGGCUCGCAGUAUUGCCCCUGAAAUUUACGGUCAUGACGAUGUAAAAAAGGUAUUGUUGCUCUUGCUGGUAGGUGGUGUCAACAAGACCAUUGGUGACGGCAUGAAGAUCCGUGGUGAUAUCAAUAUUUGUCUGAUGGGUGAUCCGGGUGUUGCUAAAUCUCAGUUGCUCAAAUUCAUUGCCAAGGUGGCUCCUCGUGGUGUCUAUACAACAGGCCGUGGUUCCUCUGGUGUCGGUUUGACAGCUGCUGUCAUGAGAGAACCUGUUACAGAUGAGAUGAUCUUAGAAGGCGGUGCUUUGGUAUUGGCUGAUAACGGUAUCUGCUGUAUUGAUGAAUUCGACAAGAUGGAUGAUUCAGACAGAACAGCUAUUCACGAAGUGAUGGAACAACAGACAAUCAGUAUCUCAAAGGCCGGUAUCAAUACGACACUCAAUGCGCGUGCUUCCAUUUUAGCCGCUGCUAAUCCCCUUUAUGGACGCUACAAUACCCGCAUGUCUCCCACACAAAACAUCAAUCUGCCCGCUGCUUUGCUCUCCCGUUUUGAUAUUCUCUACUUGAUCCUAGACAAGCCUUCUGAUGACAUGGAUCGUCUUUUGGCUGAGCAUGUUACCUAUGUCCAUACUCACAACAAGCCACCUCAAAUGGAUUUCAACGCAUUAGAACCUCAUAUGAUUAGACAUUAUGUGGCCCAUGCUAGAAGCAAACGUCCUGUGCUCACACCUGAAGUCUCUGAAUAUGUCACAAGCGCCUAUGUUGGAUUAAGACGACAAUACAAGCUCGACGAAGAUCGCCAACAACAAUUCACUUACGCAUCCGCACGUACCUUAUUGGGCAUUAUUCGUAUGGCUCAAGCUUUGGCUCGUAUUCGCUUAGCAGACGUAGUUACACCUGCCGAUGUGGAUGAAGCUUUGAGAUUGAUUGAUGUAUCCAAAUCAUCGUUGGAUGACGAUAGUCAAAGACGCGGUGGUCGUCAUGAUACAUCUCCCCUGAGCGGCAUCUUUAAUAUCGUGAAAGAAUUGGCCCAGGAACGCAGUGAAAGUGGGUUCGCUUUGUCUAUUGUUAGAAAUCGUGUUGCUUCAAGAGGUUAUACUGAAGCUCAAUUGGAUGAGGCCAUUCGUGAAUACACUGCAUUAGAUAUCUGGCAAGUGAGUGAUUCUCGUCUUCAAAUUGUUCAUUAG